AUGAGUCAUGUGGUUCGGAGAAAGAUCUCGGGAUGGAGAGAGAUCAACUUCCGCUCCGCUUUCGCCGAGUUGACUUUUGUAGCACCUUUCCUCUUUCUUUCUUAUAUAGCCUGCUUUGCUACUCAGCUCACAUACCAGGUUAAUACUACACAUCCGCUGUAUAACCGCUCCGCACAACCCCCCCCCCCCCCCCCCGGCAUACCCCUCCGAUUCCACAUUCCGCAUUUACACCGCCAACACAAUAUGAGUCCAGCAUCCCUAGAUGUCAACCUGGUGGGCGUCACCGAUACCUCGGCUGUCCCUAUCCCGGAUCCAUUGACCGUCAAUGGCGUGCCAGCAUGGAGAGAGAAGAUGGCCAAGAUCCCCACCGGCGUGGCCGCGGCAUCCAGCAGUGAUAUGUUUAAGAGCCCGAUCUGUUAUACUAAGCCCAAGGCUAAGCGGUUUGAGCACCAUUUUUCACUCGAAGCCAAGUCUCGCAAGGCGUCCACUUUGAAGACGGCCGCUCGUUACCUGAAAACCCCAGGUCUUAUUUCCCUCGGUGGUGGACUGCCCUCGCCUGAAUAUUUCCCCUUCGAGCACUUGGAUAUUAAGGUCCCCACUGCCCCCGGAUUCUCUCCGGAGGCUACUCGAGAGUCGGGCACAGUUCUCCGUGCCGGAAAGCAUGAUAUUCAGGAAGGAACUAGCACCUAUGACUUGGAGAUUGCCCUUAACUACGGACAAGCUACCGGAGCUGCGCCAUUGCUUCGUUUUGUCACAGAGCACACCGAACAGAUCAUUCACAGCCCUCCCUACUCUGACUGGCAAUGCACCCUGACCUCCGGCAGCACUUAUGCUUGGGACACUGCUCUCCGCGUGUUCUGUGAGCGCGGAGACUACAUCCUCAUGGAGGAAUAUACCUUCGCCAGCGCCGCCGAGACCGCCUUCCCCUUGGGCAUUAAGGCCGUGGGCAUCCCAAUGGACGAGCAAGGUCUCAUCCCAGAGAAAAUGGACGAAAUUCUCAGCAACUGGGACGUCGCCGCCCGGGGUGCACGCAAGCCUUACGUGCUAUACACCAUCCCGACAGGACAGAACCCGACCGGUGCCACCCAGUCCGCAGAACGCCGCCACGCAGUGUACAAGGUCGCACAGAGGCACGAUCUCAUCAUCGUUGAGGACGAACCCUACUAUUUCCUGCAGAUGCAGCCCUAUACCAGCGGGGACGCCUCCCCAGUGCCUCCUCCUUCCACCCACGAGGAGUUCAUCAAGUCGCUUGUCCCCUCGUUCCUGAGCAUGGACACUGAUGGCCGUGUCGUUCGCCUCGAGUCCUUCUCCAAAGUUAUCUCGCCCGGUUCUCGGGUUGGCUGGAUCGUCGCUUCCGAGCAGAUCAUCGAGCGCUUCAUCCGUACCUUCGAGGUUUCCUCACAGAACCCUAGCGGUAUUGCCCAGAUCGCGCUCUUCAAACUUCUGGAUGAGCACUGGGGCCACUCUGGGUACUUGGAUUGGCUGAUCAACCUGCGCAUGUCGUACACUGCUCGUCGUGACUCGCUUGUUCACGCCUGUGAGAAGCACCUGCCCCGCGAAAUCGUUCACUGGGAAGCCCCCGCGGCUGGCAUGUUCCACUGGAUGGAAAUCGAUUGGCACAAGCACCCCGGCGUUGCUGCGGGUAAGACUCGUACCGCUAUUGAAGAAGAAAUCUUCCUGUCCGCUGUGGACGGAGGCGUCCUUCUCUCCCGCGGCAGCUGGUUCAAACCCGACCAUGACACCGUUGAGGAGAAGAUGUUCUUCCGUGCGACCUUCGCAGCUGCUUCGUCAGAGAAGAUUGACGAAGCUAUCUCGCGCUUCGCCGAGGCUCUCCGCGCGCAGUUUGGCCUGUAA